UAUACUUCUGUAAUUUCAUCAGAUCGGAAGAUCAAAGCGGCCGUACUGAAAUGGUGAAACCGAGUUACUUGAAAAUGUUGACGGAUUCUGACGUUUCCGAUCUUAUCUCCUCUGAUCUUCGGGAACUUCGUAACGCUGGUAAAAAGCUUGCUACACACGUCGUUAAGCUUAGUGCUGUGGGUUUUGGCGCUACUUUCCUCCAAUGGAUUGCUUCCUUUGCUGCUAUUUACUUGCUGAUUUUGGAUCGAACGAACUGGAAGACGAAUAUCCUUACCUCAUUGUUGAUUCCGUACAUUUUCUUUAGUCUUCCUGGUUUGAUUUUCGGUUUUCUCAGGGGAGAGGUCGGAAAGUGGAUCGCUGUCAUUGCUGUAGUGCUGCGUCUCUUCUUCCCACGACGAUUCCCAGAUUGGCUUGAAUUGCCUGGCGCUUUGAUACUUCUAAUUGUGGUGGCUCCGGGGUUAUUUGCGAGCACCAUAAGGGGCGACGCCAUAGGAGAAGUGAUAUGUCUGAUCAUAUCAUGCUAUUUGCUGCAAGAACACAUCAGAGCCUCUGGUGGAUUCAGAAACUCCUUCACCAAAGCCAAUGGCAUUUCAAACACCAUUGGCAUUGUCCUUCUCUUUGUUUUUCCUGUCUGGGUUCUGUUACUUCGUGUGCUUUGAUUGUUCCCAAAUGCAACUACGCAUUGUUCUUUGUAUUUGUGUUGGGAAUGUGAGCUGUGAGCUAUUAGAUUUGUUUUAAAAGUUGUUCCUAAUUGUUUUCUUUUGCCAAUUGGGUGUUGCAUUUUAGGUUGCAUCAGUAUCAGUGUAAAGUUUAUGGUAAAAAGUUUGUGCGUAAUUGAUUUAGAUAAUUUAAAUUAUUCAAUAGGACUGU